AUGUCAAGCCUUCUCAACCUCAGCAGCCUGGGCAGGAUCUGCGGCUCCAGUCACACCAAUGAAAUGGUAGUUUUGGACCGGGUCAAGAGGAAGAACUCUGUCAGGCGCAUGUCAAUAAUUGAAGAUGGUGAAAUUGCAGAAGUUCUCUACCUUAUUCCUAGACAGAGCAUGAUGGAGCAGCUGCCUUUCAUCAACCCCAAUGAUUACAUCCUGUGUGAAAAGCUGGCUGGUGUACCUACAGAGAUGUCAGUGCUGCACGCUCAGGACGGCUGCCACCCAUGUCCUGCAGUGGAAAAGCGGGUCAUCCAGUGCUUCAGAUGUGGGGAGGAAUGCAAAGGAAAGGUGCUGCGAGUCCAGAACAAUCACUUCCACAUAAAAUGUUUUAACUGCAAGGUGUGUGGCUGCGACUUGGCUCAGACUGGCUUCUUCGUGAGGAAUGGCGACUGCCUCUGUCCGCUGGACUUCCAGAGGCUUCACGGCACGCUCUGCAUCAACUGCGGGGAAUUUGUGGAGGGAGAGGUGGUCACAGUCUUGGGGAAGACCUAUCACCCAGCCUGCUUUGUGUGCACCAUUUGCAAGCAGCCCUUUCCUGCUGGGGAUUGUGUCACCUUCAGUGGAAGAGACUGCCUCUGUCAGCGCUGCAUUCGACCCAUGUCUCCUACUCCUAACGACAUCAACUAUUCCAGUAACUGCACUGGCUGUGGCAGAGACAUCAAGAAUGGCCAGGCUCUGUUAGCCUUGGGUGGCCAGUGGCACCUUGGCUGCUUCAAGUGCAAAGCCUGCAGCAAAGUGCUGAGCGGAGAAUACAUCAGCAAAGAUGGUGUUCCCUACUGUGAGAGAGACUACCAGAUUCAGUUUGGGGUACAGUGUGAAGCAUGUCAGAAGUUUAUAACAGGAAAAGUCCUCGAGGCAGGGGACAAACAUUAUCACCCGAGCUGUGCGAGAUGCAGCCGAUGUGACAAAAUGUUCAGAGAAGGAGAAGAAAUGUAUCUGCAAGGAUCAACAGUCUGGCACCCGAACUGCAGAGACAACAGCAGAACUGAGGACAGUUACAGGGUCAGCAGACCAAAAACACCUUGUCUUGAUUUCCUUUUCUCUCCACAUGAACUGAAGCCCACUAGAUCCUCAUCUGAAAGCUCCUGUUCCAGACCGGGCUCAUGCACUCCAGGGAGUCCUGGUCGAACAAUCUGUGCAAAAGUAGAUAAUGAGAUCAUUGAUUACCGAGACUUAGCAGCAAUUCCCAGAGUCAAGGCUAUAUAUGAUAUAGAGCAUCCUGAUAUGAUAUCCUAUAAGUCUGUCAACGACAACUCCUCUGCUUUGGACAACAAAGGCAACAGACAGGACAGGCAAAACCCUGCAGAGUCAACAGGAAAUGUCUCCGACACCACAGAGGAGAGUUUUGAAUUGAGAAAGUGCAUACCAAAAUCCCGAAGCCACGGAUCUUUUGGAGUUCAGGCAAUGUACAAUCGUCACAGCUACAUUCCAACUCUGUCCAAAUCCCCACAACACUUCCACAGGCCAGGGCUGAUGCUUUCUCCUUCUCUAUUCUCUGGCAACAGAGACACCUGCUCCACUUCCCCUUUAUGUCACCAUUUUCUCCCUGAAACCAAAGAUGAAGGCUUCCACAUGUACAGGAGGCCACCAAUUUAUAAACAGCAAGAUCCGAAGUCCUCCACAUCCAAAACAUCCUCUUUGCCUGGAUACGGUCGCAAUGGCCUCCAUCCGCCACAAUCAGCUGAUUUCUCCCCCUACAACAGUGACAGAUUCAGAGAUUUUAAGCUCAUCCAUGACGGUCAAUAUCCUCUAACAAGAAUGGACAGAGGAGUGUCUAUGCCUAAUUUGUUGGAACCAAAAGUCUACCCGUAUGAAAUGCUCACAGUUGCUAAUAGAGGAAGAGUGAAGCUUCCGAAGGAUGUUGACAGAACAAGACUUGAGUGCCACCUUUCCCCAGAUUCAUUCUUUGAGAUCUUUGGCAUGGAUAUUCAAGAGUUUGACAGACUUCCACUCUGGAAACGUAAUGACAUGAAGAAGACGGCAAAUCUCUUCUAAAUGCUGACUAAUGCAUGUUUUAAUUCAAUGUUAAUAUGCAAUACAUGUCAAGUUCUGAUGAACCUUUAUGUUUAUUUCUUCUCAUUUGGCACAAAAGUUAGAAAUCUUUUGCCUAAGAACUGCACGAAUCACAACUUUACAGGGCCACAACACUGUGUUUCCCAGUUAGUCUCUGUAGGCUGUUGGAAUAAAUGAUGGUUAAAGUUGUAAUACCUCAAAGCAAAUAUGAACAUGAGAACUCAACUUCGCUAUAGUGUUGGCUUCAGUAACAGAGAGCCAUUAUUUGUCUUUCCUAUGUCAGCCCUGUCUCCCCAGGAAUUACGUUCAUAUUGGACGAUUCAGCUGAAUAUAAUUUAUACUCAUUCAUCAUAAACAGAACAGGUAGUUUUGUGUUUAUGCAACUUAGCAAAAAGUAUGCAUCCUGUUUCAGACCGACAGUUGAAGUCAUUCAAGUGAUCUCUAAAAAAUACUGUUACUGUUAGUGUGUUUUUACUGUACUGAUGAAGGCGCCAGAUCUCUAAAAUGCUUACACAGUAUAUUGCUUGGGAAUAAUUGUGCAAAACCUUGGAUUAACUUCGAUAUCAAAGUUUUUGAGGACAACUAAUGUUUUGAUUAUUCCUAAAAUGUCUGCAAACGGCAGCUACAAGAUGAUGGGCAAGGUCUGGUUAAGGUCAGGCCCCCAAAACAUGUACAACAUGAACAUACUCUACCUGAAACGACAUUUUCAUUGGUGUACUUUUCUGCUUGCCUUCUGAAAAAUAGGGAAUUACUUACUUCGGAACACAGAGUUUGAGCGUGUGUAGGGUAUUUAUGGUGUUUAAAGUCAGUCACAUUCAUGUCAAAAAUGUUUUUUUUUUUGGUUAAGGUUUGUGAAGUCUAAAGCCUUUGUCGAUCAUUAGUGCUACCCCCUUAUGAAUAAUGCUUCCCAUGAUAGCUGAUUCAUAGUGUAGUGACCAGGUACAUGAAAUGGACAUAACCUGUCAUCAACACGUAAUUCUGAUAAAAGAUAGUGGAUUGUUCCCUGACAGCUGGAUGAAUUUUACCCAUAUUCUCAUUGUUAUUGGUAUUGUUACUCAGUUGAAACUUAUUUUGUUUUCUCCUGGUUACACAAACAACGUGUUUCAGCACAAAACUGAAUAGAGAAAAUAUGUAAGAACUGUAUUUCUGAGUCAGUAAGUUAGGAUUGUUGAUUGAUGAUUUAAGAGUUAUUGUUGUUUUAUGUUGCACCCUUACUUGGUUGUGGUAAACUGUAUGUAUGUUUGACAUUGCUGUUUGAGCACACCACCUUAAGAACCCUAAAUAAAACCUUGCACUUCUU